UAACAAUUUGUUGACGUUUGUGAUUAGCGCCAAUUGUUUAGAACUCUUUACUCAAUUACUCUUUUUAUUAUUCAUGUAUGCAUUUAUUAUUAUUGUUAUUUUUUACUAUUGUCUAUUCGAAUUCAGUUUGUACUUGGUCGAACGGUUUAUAUUUUAAAGAUUUGUAGAAUAAAAGUAUGUUAAACAUACUCAAGUGACAAUAUUGUUGUGACGGAUAUUCAAUAUUUUUGACAUAUGAAUUUAGAAGUGUUCAACAGAGUGAACUGGAAGGAGGGAACUGGAGGACGUUCUGGAAUGUAUUGUGAGUGGGCGUCACUGAGUUCGGCAGUUCAAAACUGUGGCGAAUUUGGUCAAAGUGUCUUAAGUAAGUUCCCAGCAGGUUCAGGCAAAGAAGUUGUGUUAUCAGUCAUCAAACAACUGUCGUCAAAUUUAGGUAUAACUCAUCCACCUGAACCAAGUAAACUUGCCAAAGACAAUGAAGUGACUUGGUGUAUGGAAGUUAUUUGUUAUGGUUUGAGCUUACCAUUGUCUGAACAUGAUACAAUUAGAGAUUGUGUUCAUAUAUAUUGUGAUUGGCUUUCAGCGUUGUAUGAAACACCAAAACUAUCCGUUCCAAAACCAGUUUGCAACGAUCCAAAUCUAUACGCUAGAAAAAUAAUUUCACAUUUCUAUAAUCUAUUUGUACCACGAAAAGGAGAAGUCUGGACAUUUUUAUAUUUAAAUAUUGGUACUGACACAAUUAACCGCCAAGCAGUUUUGUGUCAUCGUGUCUUAAGAACAUUGCAUGAUUUGUCAAGAACAUCUAAAAUUAUUGAGCCAGAAACUUGGGAAGCUUUGUUGCUAUUUCUUCUGGCCAUCAAUGAUGCUUUAUUAGCUCCACCAACUGUAAAAGAGGAUGUUGGAGAAGAAUUAUGUGAACGAGUACUAAGCGUUCUAAUAGAAGUAUGGCUUGUGGCUUGUGUACGUUGUUUUCCUUCUCCUUCAUUAUGGAAAACAUUGCGAGAAAUGGCAGUCACUUGGCGCCAUCGUACUGCUUUGAUUCAUCAAUGGAAUCGUAUAAACUUAGCACUUACUGCUCGUGUAUUAACAUUCAUGUAUGGUCCAGAUUUUCCACAGUUAAAAAUACCUAAUGAAGACAUUCACCUGAUACCAUCUGGAAUGUCUAAUCACACAAUAGCACAAAGUUGGUUUAGACUUCUACAAACUAUUGGAAAUCCUGCUGAUCUCAGUCGACCAACUACAAUUAGCCGAACUCCCAAAUUUCUUCAAGCUGCACUUUCUGACCCCAAUCAUAGGCUUGUUGAUCCAUCAAAUCAUCCAUGUUUAAAUGUAUUGCCUUACAAUUUUUAUGUAGCUAUACGUGGGAUUGCAUCACUUGUUGAUGCAUUUUUAGGCAUUGUUUCUCAUCCUACUAUUAUUUGGGAUGACGUCUUACCUUGGACUUCAGGAAACAUUUCAGAAAAAAAAGAAGCAAGUACUGUUACACAUACACCGCCUUCGCAACGUCGAUUGGCCAAAAGUUUUAGCGUUGCACCUUCACUUACCAAUAAGGGUAUCCCAAAAUCAUCUUUAGUUGGAUUAACCACUAGCCGUAUUAGCACUCAAUCAAAUAAAUUGUCUUCUUCAACUACUUCUAUCCCAUCAAUAUCAAUAUUUUCAGAACCCAAAAUAUUUGCUGAAAAUCGACCACGGUGUAAUAGUAUUCUCCACCUCUUUGGUGAAUGGUUAUUUGAAGCUGCAUUAAUUGGAGUUGAUUUUAAUAAACCUAAAUCUUCAACUACGUCCGACAGUAGUAGAAUGUAUAAACGACCAAGUUCAGUUAUGUUUGAUACAUCGAGUAUUAGAAGUAGCGGUUCUGGUGGAGGGUACAGCAGUAUGGGAGGAGGAAGUACAGCGUCUGCAUCACAACCUAAUUCACUUACAGACAAUGUGUCUGAUAGUAUUGACUCUAUAACUUCCAGUUCUGCCAAUGUUCUUCAUUACGAUCGUUAUAUGCCUGGCCGAGCUGAAGCAAUAGGAACAUUGUGUAGAAUAUUUUGCUCCAAGAAAACAUCCGAAGAAAUCUUGCCAGUUUAUUUAGCUAGGUUUUAUAUGGCGGUUUAUGAAGGACUACAUAUUAAUGAAGCACACGAAUGUGAUGAAACCAUUUCAAGUAUAUUGUUAAAUUCACAUAACCUUUUACGCUUAGAUUUAAACGGAAUUAAUGUUCUUAUACCAUAUAUCAUUGAAACAUUAGAACUUGUGUUACCUGAACGAGAACUUAAACUCAAGUCAAAUAGCAUCCCUAAGAAUGAAUUAAGAAGGUCAGCAAUACACCUAUUACUUUCUAUGCUUGCAUUACCAUUACACUUUAAAGAUUUAGUUAUUAAAGAACUGAAUGUGUCUAAUAAUAAUACAAGAGGACCUAUUAUUAUGGGAGAACUUAAACCUCGUGUUAUGAAUCUUCUUAUAAAUGCUUUACAGUUUGAAUCGGAUUCUCAUAAUUCACAAAUGCUUUUAGGAGGGUUAUUAUUGUGUGUACAAGAUUCUGCAAUUUUUGAAGAAUCAGAGAAUGAUGCAGAUUCUGAUGCUACAGCUCAAAGUGAUACUACGUCUAAUUUGCUUUCUUCAGUGGAAACAAUGAGUUCAUUUAGCUUACCAUCCAGUAAUCAAGAUCAAAUGUCGAGUUUACCUCACAGCAGUUCAAGUAAUAUACCAACUCCUGAAUCCAGUUUAGAUUCAGCUGGCUUUUAUUUUGGUGAACCAUUUGACUUCUCAAUUCUAAACAAAAAUUCUGCUCAUGCAUUAUAUGUUAGAGCUACAUAUUUAGUAUGUCAUAGACUAAUUUCUUCAUGGAAAUCUGAUUUGAAUAUUUCACUAGCUGCUUUAGAAUUGCUCAUGGGUUUAGCUAGAGUUCAUAUAAAAGAAACAGAUUCAUUGGAAUGUAAAAGAGCUGUAAAAUGGUUAUGUGAUUAUAUAACUUACCAGUGUUGGCGACCACCUCCAGCUCAUUCUCGAGAUUUGCAUUCCACUAUUGUUGCUGCAUAUCAAUGUGCUGCAGUUUGGAUUGUUGCUCAUCCUUAUCUACUGGAUGAUAAAGAUUGUUUGAAUACUAUUAUUGAAGUGGUAGAACUUGGUAUAUCGGGCACUAAAUCACAUGGUAAACCCCAAGAACCAAUAAAAAUGAAAGAUGAAAAAGAACUAAAACCAGCUUCAAUGAGAGUAAGAGAUGCUGCUGAAUCAUUACUAACCAUUAUAUUAGAACAAGUUGGAUAUUUUCCAUCUGUCUGUGGUGCUGAAAGUCUAUCAUGUUUAUUGGACGAAAUAACAUUAAUCAAACACUGUAAUUCAAUAGCUACUGAUAAUGUAGAAUGCAAAUCUCAUGCCAUAUCUAAAUUUAGAUACUUUGUGUUAGAAAAUUCUAUAAUAUUAGCUCUUUUUGAAGAACCUUUAGGCAACAGUCAAGACGCACAGCCAACGUUGACAGUGUUGAUUAGAGGAUCAUUUGGACGGCAAGCUUGGACUUUACAACUAAGGCAUUUGCCUCGUCAUCGGUCGUCAUCAACAAAACAGUAUAAUGUUUGCCCUGGCCGCCCUGUAGCAAUGGAAGAACCUAGUCGACAUAGACAUUCACGAAGGUCUACAACACAUUUCUCAGAAAACAUAGAACGAAUACCAACUUGCAAAAUAGAUAAAUCCAUACCAAGUUUGGAUAGUUUAGUUUUUGAUGAUGAAGAACAUAGCAUAUUAUCAGAUUUGAUUGAAAAACAGAAAGAGAUGGAAAGUUCUUAUAUAGAACCUCCACCUAAAGCAACAGAAAUUUUGCCACCUCAACCUUGUACUGAUUUCAAUACAGCCAGAUUAUUUUUAUCCCAUUUUGGAUUUUUGUCUAGAUUAGAUGAUACAAAUCCAUCAACCGUCCCUUCAUUAGUUCCUUUAAAUGUACAUCAUGAAAAUUUCUGCAAAGACCUUGAAAUUCUUGAUAACACCCCAUCACGCACCUGUGACACAUGCCAUGUAUUUUAUGUUAAGGAUGGUCAAACAAAUUUCAAGGAUAUCUUAAAUAAUGUGACUUCCAACACAGCAGUUUCACCAAACUUUUUAGAAAUGUUAACUAAUCUUGGUUGGCCAGUUAAUAUUAAUGUACAUCCUGGAUGGACUGGGCGUGUUGAAACAAGUUGGAACUUACCUGACUAUAAACAUUCUCAAGACGAAAAACUCAAUACUUCACAUGGUGGAAGCUUGUAUAAUGGUGAAACGCAUGUAGUCUAUUGGGCAGAUGUAAGUUCUGAAAUAGCUUUUGUCGUUCCUACAAAUUGUAAAGAACGUGUGAAAUCACAAAAGCCUGAAGGGGAUGUCUUGCAACACGGAGGCAUCAGAUAUACAAAACCAGUCACUACAAGAGCUAUGUCCAUUGAAUUUGAUUAUAAAGGAAAACCAACUCAGCCGCAUAUUGAACCACCUAAGAGACGUCCACAAUAUGUGUCCGCUACAAUAAUGUUAGUUUGGCUAGAAAGUUUUGAAGAUCAUAUACACUUUCCUAUUGCAAAUCUUCUAUCUUAUACAAAUACUGGCAUUGAGCCUUUGUCACACAUUAAAGAUAUUGGUGAUGUGAAUGUCAUUUACCUGCACGCAUUACAAAGUGGAUUACUUAGAGUGAAAAUGCAAGGACCAAUCGGAAGAACGAACCUCGCUACUCCGUUAGUUGAUGGUAUGGUUAUUAGUAAACAAGUAGUUGGGACAAUGGUCAGACAAACUGCAUUAAACAUUUGUAGACGCAAAAGAUUAGAGAAUGACAGUUUCCAACCAGGUCAUAUACGCAGGCGUUUAAAAAUUCAAGAAAUUGUUGGAAAAUAUCAAAUAAAGAUGACUAAGCCAGAGCUUUAUACAUAUUUAUUAAGUAAUGCUAAUUCCACUUAAAUAAUAAUU